AUGACUACUUCUCUCGAUCAACUUCCUUUUGACGUACUCUUUUGCGUUACCCUCAAUUUGGAUCUUGAAGACAUUUUUCACCUUGGUCAAACAUGUCGACUGUUGAGGGCUUUACUAGAGGAAAGGACAGUUUGCAGACGCGCUGUCGAAAUCAACCAUCCAUACACGGAAGAAGCACUUUCAGCCCGAAACGAGAAAAAUACUUAUGAGCAAGCCUUCCAGGCUAUCUAUGAGAGGAGAAAUGCCUUGUCAACUGCAUACCCUUAUUCAGCUCGCGUCUUAGAACAGCAGGGCAAUAGCUUUGUGUAUCGUCAAGGGACCGUAUGUAUAUUCGAUGCUGGGAUGGUCUAUGUCUCGGAUCUCCGCACUAAGCUGAACCCGGUCCAUCUUGAUCUCUCUGCUAUUGUGCGACCUGUUCUGGAGUCAAAGUUCAGAGCAUUUGGAGACGAUGGCCACUCUAAAUGGGAAAUCGACGGUAUCUCACUUUGUGAGGACGCUGAGCUAGCGGAACGCGAAAGACCGUUGCUGCUCGACAAGUUCCAUGGAUCUGACAUUGGCUCUACGAUCGCGUUCGAAAUACAUAACGGCUACUUCUACGCCGUUUCCAACCAGGGAACCUUUGAAGUCGAAGAGAUCGAUUAUACUUCCUUUUACCACGUGGUCCGGUUUCCACUCAAGUCACCAUUGCCAAAAGAUAUUUCUAAGGAUGAGCGCCUGUAUCGGCGCCAACACAAACAGGGACCGAUCCACGACUCGUGGACCGAUCUUACAUUGCAGCUUGAUGAGCGUACGAAUGAGACAGUGAUCGUGGAAUCACGACGAGAGUGGGCUCAAGCAUCUUCUCGUCAAUCACGCACGUUCUACGUCACUAAACUGGACUUCAGAGAAGAGGAUGAUAUGGAAGAGUCGUCCGAUGAGCCGCUACUACCUGAGGAUGACCUCUACGUGCCCCUUAUCGACUCUUCAAACAACGCCCAUUGGAAACCUACACCAGACCUCUAUAGCUGGAGCCAACACCCUGAGUUUUCUCCUACCGAUCCAUCGCCCCGGUCUUUCAUCCUUGCGAGAACAAAGUUUAGGGCGUACAGUUAUGCAUGCACUUCCUUCGUCGAUCUCGUAGAAGACGAGCGUUGCUGCAAUGAUCCCUCCCAGCCGCCCUGCCUUAGGCUCAGAAUAGGAUCAAGACGCGAAUUGGGCCUUGAAUACUCGGCCACAAGCUGCAAGGGAAAGGCCCCAAUCGACGAGAUGAAGCCCAACUUCCUGGAUACCCAAACACGGUACCGCCAUUCAUCUAUCCGCAUGUGGCCUCCUUCAGCAUCGCGCUGCCCCUGCUCAAAACGUCUGCAUAAUAUACUCAACCGAACACUACCAUCCGCAUCUCCAUCACAUACAAGGAGCAUCACCGGUGUGCUCGACGAACAACGCCUGAUCUUCAUGAUCAAGCCGGGACGGUCAUAUGGUCCCAGCGAUGACAACACAUUGGGCACCAUCGUCGUAGUCGACUUCUCCCGCCCUCUUACAUCUACAGCCCAUGCACCCUCAGCACCGCAGCCACCAUCGUUGUCACGAUGUGACAGCAAAAUGGACGACGAUGUGGGCGUUCAUGUUGACGAGUUGGCAUGGUAUUGGUCCUCCGAUUCCAAAGGGCGCUGCCGAGGCAGGACGUGUCAGUGA